AUGACGACGGAGCAACGGACGGACGAGCAGGCCGAGGCGCCGAGGCCGCCGUCGAAGGAACCGACGGGCACAGACGACGCGACGGCCGACGAGCACGACCUGUUCAAGCUCGCGCCCCUCGAGGCCCUCAAGCUGCUCAGCGCGAGCGUCGAGCUGCUCGUCCACCUGACGGGCGACAUUCCGCCGACGCCGCCGCCGACGAAGCCGUCGAACCCGCAGAUGAGCGACAUGCAGGCGGAAAAGGAGAACAUUGUGCGGUCGCGGUCGGAAAAGAACCUCGCGCGGCUACGGCAGCAGCACGAGCAGGAGCGGCAGGUGGUGCUGCCGAAGCGACGGCACGACGACGAAGAUGAUGCCCAUGUCCACGGCGGCCAUGGUCGGCACGACGACGACCGGCACGACGACGACCGGCACGACGACGACCGGCACGGCCAGCCAAACGCGAGACGCCAGAGUCGCAGCCAGAACGGCCAUGUGCCCCCCGCCGCCGCCGCCGCCCAUGCCGGGUGCCAGCAGGACGCCGAGCGAAAGGACAAGCAGGAGAUUGACGGCGUCUACCUCCGGCAACGUUCCCCCGCGACGCCGACGGCCGCGGCCGAGAUUGUGCCCGUGCCCGAGACGGCGGCCGAGACGGGGUCGGAGCGCCCGCAGCGCCCGCCCGAGCCGUACGUCAUCGUCGGCGCCGACUCGCAGCCGCUCAACCUCCAGCACGGCGCCAUCACGCGCAAGUUUUACAGCAAAAAGGAGCCGCCCAUCACCAUCAACCAGUACCUCCUGCGGCUGCACCAGUUCUGCCCCAUGAGCACGGCCGUCUACCUCGCCACCUCGCUCUACAUCCACCGGCUCGCCGUCGAGGAGCGCGCCAUCCCCGUCACGAGACGCAACGCCCACCGGCUCGUCCUCGCCGGCCUCCGCGUCGCCAUGAAGGCGCUCGAGGACCUCUCGUACCCGCACGCCAAGAUUGCAAAGGUCGGCGGCGUCAGCGACGUCGAGCUCGCGCGGCUCGAGAUCAGCUUCUGCUUCCUCGCCGGCUUCGAGCUCGUCGUCGGCGAGGAGCCGCUCUACCGGCACUGGGAGACGCUGCGCGACGGCAUGGGCCAGAAGGUGCCCAAGAUGAUGGACGUGUCCAGCAUGAGCAUCCGACGCCGGCCGCGCGAGGUGCCGGCGACGGGGUAG